UCACUCACUGUUGAAUUGAGAAUUCUCUGGUGAAUUGUAUUGUGUAAAGAUAUUAUCACCCAAACAUACAAAAAAAAAACUAUAUUGAAACGAACAAACAGACAGAACAAAAUAGACUGCUUGGUAAGCUAUACUGCCCAGAAUGGAUUAUACUAAUAAGAACUUCCCGGAAUUAAAAAACGAUAGACUAUUGCGUGCAGCCUUGGGCAAAGAAGUAGAUAAAGUACCAGUAUGGGUAAUGCGGCAAGCUGGCAGAUACCUUCCUGAAUUUCAAGCAGUACGAGCUAAGCACGAUUUUUUCACUGUGUGCCGGACGCCGGAACUGGCCUGCGAAGUGACGCUGCAGCCGUUGAGACGAUAUGAGCAUUUGGACGCUUCUAUUAUAUUUAGUGACAUUCUUGUAAUACCCCAAGCCUUAGGCAUGACUGUGGAAAUGCAUCCUGGAGUGGGUCCUGUUUUUCCAAAACCAUUGAAAGACCCAUCAGAGAUAGAUGAUCUCCAAGAAGAUGGUGCUGUGUCUCGCUUGUUAUAUGUUGGCAAAGCUAUAACACUUACAAGACAUAAGAUUGAGGGCAAAGUACCUUUGAUUGGUUUUACCGGUGCACCUUUCACAUUAUUAGGAUAUAUGAUAGAAGGUGGAGGCAGCAAAACUAUGGCAAAAACCAAAGACUGGAUAGAAAACCAUACCAAAGAUGUACACAAACUUCUCAGAAUGCUGACUAGGGUCAUAAUUGAUUAUUUAGUUAUGCAGGUAGAAAGUGGGGCUCAAUUACUACAAGUAUUUGAAUCCAGUGCAGAUCAUCUUACCAGGGAGCAAUUUGCUGUCAUAUCUGCACCAUAUUUGAAAGAAAUUAGAAAUGGGGUUAAAACAAAAUUGGAAGAAAAACAAUUAGAACAAGUUCCUAUGACAGUUUUUGCUAAAGGAGCUGGGCAUUCUUUAGAUGUUCAAUCACAACUCGGAUAUGAAACUAUAGGGCUUGACUGGACUGUUGACCCUGUUGAAGCAAGAAAAAUAGUUGGAGAUAACAUCACAUUGCAGGGCAAUCUGGAUCCACAAGAUUUGUACAAAACCCUGGAGGAGAUAAAGGAACUGACAAUCAAUAUGGUGCGAAAAUUCGGUAAAUUUAGAUACAUAGCAAAUUUAGGACAUGGAAUCACUCCACAGACACCACUUGAAAGCAUGACUGCAUUUACAGAGUCUGUCCAUGAAGCAGUUUAAUGAUGGGAUAUAUUGUACAUUGUUAUUAUUUGUUGUUGCAUAAGAAAUAUAUAUUAUCCAGGGAUAUUAUUUUAAUGGUUUAUGGUAGUAAAACUACUGUCUAUUUAAUUUUUAUUUUAUAUAUGACUAUAAAAACUUGAUGAUACCUAACACUGAGUAUGUACGUAAUUUAAUUACAUUGAGUAAGUUGUUUUCGAGUUUUGGCUCGUUGCGGGCAAGUCUUCAUCGUGGCUACCUGCAGAUUUCUUGACAUACUGAAAUUAAAAAAAAAGCAAUUAUUAAUGAGAUUUUAAAAUAUGCAUUUUAUUGAAUUGGACGGUAACCACCAAGCUGGUCACCUGAUAUUAGUAAUCACCAAAGCUCAGGGAUCCUGAGCAGCAGACCUGAGUCAGAGCUGCUUUACCAGUGCAUCAUAAGGGAAGCCUUUCGGGAAGUUAACUCAUCACAGCCGUAGCAAAUUUGGUUGAGCACAUUAUUUUUAAUUAGGUACUUUCAAUAGCUCAAUUUUGGACGAGGCAAACAAAAGAAAAAAGAGCAGCUAUGCUGCGCGGCCUUUCGGUAUUAUUUAUAUCCUUUGUUUGUGAAUUAAAAUGACUAUAAUACA